AUGGAGAGUAGUAUAAUGGUGCCAGAAAGAAGAAGCUACAGUGAGAACCUUGAUACAACAAGACGCUGUCUAAAAUUAAGUAAAAUGUCUACCAUAAACUUAAAACAUCAUCCAGACAUUGAAUCUUCUUAUGCUGCAAUUAGAAAGUAUGAACUGGAGACCACUUCUAAGUACAUAUUAUACUACAGAGAAGCUGGUUUCAAUCAGAAAGCAGCUAAGUCACUAGCUUUUAUUAUUGAUGCCAUGUUUAUCCUUAAUACAAGUCCUCUUUCUAUUCACAAAACAUUUUCAGAAUAUGCAGCCUUCCUUUUUGACUUGUGGGUAGUACGUCAACAUCACCAACUCAAGGCCUCAGAAGUACACAUAAUAUUUGACCAUCCGAACAGAAAUGGUGUCAGUCCAAAGGACCUUGAACGAUCCAGACGUGAUUCUGAAAUACAAUCCUCAGAUUACAAAGAGAUAUGUCCAAACACAGUCUUGCCUCAGAACUGGAGAUUUUUUAUUGGUGUCAGAUUUCAGAAACGCUUACUAGUUAAUUUUCUUUCAGACAAAUUUUUACAGCUGGCAAAUGAAAAGUUUUCAAGUUAUAAGCUGUAUGUUGUUAAAGGGAAGAGGCUGUUAUUUAAUACAUUCGAAGGGAAUCGCACAAGACAAAUACAGCGUCUUUUAAGAGCAAUGGAAUUGAAAAGAAGGUGUUCACAGAUACCUAUAAAUGAUGCUAUUCAAGCAAUAACUACAGAGCAAAUGAGUAGUGGAAAUUGCUUAGGAUACAGAGCUAUGACAAAGCGGUUACUUUCUAAACAUGGAUUACGUAUACCAAGGGACACGGUUGCACAUUUGCAGAAAAUCAUCGCCCCGGAAGGAGUAAAUGAUAGAAAGCACCAUAGAUUUACGAGACGUUCUUAUAUAAACAAGGGCCCAAAUUACUUAUUACACAUAGAUGGUUACGACAAGAUAAAACCUUAUAGAUUUGCCAUUCACGGAGCGAUAUGUGGAUAUUCUAGAAGAAUUCUUUGGCUACAAGUUGGAAGAACAAAUGUUAAUCCUAAAGUUGUAGCAGGAUUUUUUCUACAAUGUCUCCGAGAAAUAAAAGGUGUUCCACGUUGUGUUCGAACUGAUAGAGGAACGGAAAAUUCUGAAAUCGCCAAAUGGCAAAUGGCAUUUCGAUGGAAUCACCAAGACGAUAUGGCAGGAGAACACAGUUUUCUGAUGGGAUCAUCACCAGCUAAUCAGAGAAUCGAGCGAUGGUGGUUAUCAAAUAGGCAAGGCGGCGGCCAAUUCUGGAUUGCUUUUAUGAAAGAUCUUCAGGAUACAGGGAUAUUUUCAAGUGCAAACCACUUACAAGUAGAAUGCUUGCGCUUCUGCUUCACUGGUUUAAUUCAAAAGGAUUUAAAUCAGUGUAGGCAAGACUGGAAUCAGCACAAAAUUCGCCAAACAAGGCAAGCUGAAUCACCUGGUGGAAAACCUGAUUUACUGUAUUACAUACCAGAACUUAGUGGUGCAGUUGAUUACAAAACAGAAAUAUCUGUACAAGACAUCGACGAAGCGAUGCAGUACUGUGAAUUCCCAAGACCGAGUGGAUGUUUGGAAGAAUUCGAUCAGAUCUGCACUAAUCUAAUGCAGCAACAUGCAAAAAGUUAUCCAAAUGAUCCUUAUGAGGCAUUAGACUUAUACAAUUGGUUGCUUGCCACUGUAAUUGUGUAA